CCGGCUUCUCCGGGCCCCACGUGUGUUCUGCCAGGAACCCCUGUGUGAGCUGAGGCGCCGCCGUCGGUGAGGCUGCCCGACGUGGAGUGCAGAGGACGUCACCAUGCCUAAAGCACUAAAGGGAAAAAGUGUAGGCCGAGAAAAAAAAGUCAUCCAUCCAUAUAGUAGAAAAGCAGCUCAAAUUACGAGGGAGGCCCACAAACAAGAAAAAAAGGAAAAGUUGAAGAAUGAAAAGGCAUUGCGUCUCAAUCUUAUUGGUGAAAAACUGCAGUGGUUUCAAAAUCAUCUGGAUCCCCAAAAAGGAGGAUAUUCAAAGAAAGAUGCUUGUGAAUUAAUUGAAAGGUAUUUAAAUCGAUUCAGCAGUGAGCUGGAGCAGAUUGAAUUACAUAACAGCAUCAAAGACAGGCAGGGAAGGCGGCACUGUUCCCGGGAGACAGUCAUCAAACAGACGAUGGAGCGGGAGCGACAGCAGUAUGAAGGCUAUGGCCUCGAGAUCCCAGAUAUUCUAAAUGCAGGUAAUCUGAAAACUUUUAGGGAAUGGGAUUUUGAUCUGAAGAAAUUGCCAAACAUUAAAAUGAGAAAAAUGUGUGCUAAUGAUGCAGUUCCCAAGAAGCACAAGAAGAAAACUACUACACCUGUGGACAAAGAUUUAGGGGAGCUACAGCUACAUGAGGAAUCAAGUGACUCAGAUGAGGAAAUGACUGCAGUGGCCUAAUUGUUCUUUACUUGAGUUGAAAAUAGGAUCACCUAAUCUCACAUUUGGAGGCAUGGACAGCAACCUGUUUUCUGAAAGGGUCCUGUGGAUACUCCUUCAGCAGUGAUGAUAGCAAUAUUGCCUUUCACUAAUGUUCCUCUUAAACAUUAAAUCUAAAUAUAAUAUGGAAUGCUUA